AUGAACAGAUCGAUUUUCGUAGGAGAUUCAGGUUUGAUGUCACCACGCCACCUAAAAUCUCCUAAAGCAUCCCCAAAAAGCCAACCAAAGCACCGGCAUUCCUUAUCUGCUGGAAGUAACAUCCCCAAAUUAAUCAGUCUGAAAAAUCUCAAUCAAGAGAGAUCAAUUUUAAAAAACAAUUCACAAAGCCGAGACACCAGCCCUGAAAUAAUUCAGUCAAAACUUGCUUCUGUAACUGAGCAAUGGACACAAAUGAAAUCAGGAAUAUCGGCACAGCCACAAGCAGAAAAACUUAGACUAAAUAGAAAUAUAAGUCGGACCCACUCAGCUGAAAGAUUUCAAAAUGAUCACUCACAAGAGCUCUUAAAAAUGGCCCUGAAAGCAUCAUCUAUACUUCAAAGAGAAAACUGCUGCAAAAGUUUAGAAAAUUCAAGUAUUAAGGAAACGCAAGACACUGAUUGCUCUAUGCAUCAGGAAGAAAAAUAUUUAGCAUUUUUGCCUGUUCCUUGCGCUAUAGAAGCACCACGGACAACAACAAAUAAAGCAAAGCCAUCUCUUGUGAUGGAUAAUAAAAAUAGGAAGCCUCCAAGACUGUUAAAAAAAUCUCCGGAAAACCCAGCUAAAUCUUUUGAAAACUGCUAUAAAAUGUUUUCCGAAACAUACAAAAAAGUCAAUGUUUCAUAA